AUGUCCGGUAUCACCGGCGGCGGCAGAAACAAGUCUGGCGGUGACUGUGGAAUUGGAAAUGGAAAUACUGGUGUCGGAGUGACAUCGGUGUCCGGUACUACAGGCGGAGGAAGAAACAAGUCCGGCGGUGACUGUGGAAUUGGAAAUGGAAAUAUUGGUGUCGGAGUCACAUCGGUGUCCGGUGGAGGAGUAGAAAUGCUUGGUGGAGCAAACGUAAAUGGGUUUUCUGGUGGAAGUAGUGGUGGUGUAGAAAAGAUGGGGAUAAGUGGUGGCGCUGAGUCUUGUUCCGGUGGCGGAAAGAGGAACUCCGGCGGCGGAGAAAAUAUGGGUGAAGGUUUAUCUGAUGGAAAUGGAAAAACUGGUGGUGGAGAAAAAAUUGGAAGCGUUGGGGAGUCUUGUUCAGGCGGCGGUGGUGCUGGAAACAGAAAGGGUAUUUCCGGUGGUGGCGGAAUAACGAAAGGUGGUUCUUCAGGCGGUGGUGGAGAAGGAACUAAUGGUGGUGGUGGUAGGAAAUCAGGAAAUGGAGGUGGUGGAGAAGAGUCAGGGGAUGGUGGUGGUGGAGAUGGGACUAAUGGUGGUGGUGGUGGAAAAGGCGGCGGAGGUGAUGGUGAAGGUGGCGGAGAGGUUGGUGGAGGAGAAGGUACCGGAGCCGGUGGGGGAGAAACUACUGCAGGUGGCGACGGUGUCACCGGUGGCGGUGAAGGAAGUAUUGAUGGCGGCGACGGUGUUGGGAUGACUGGCGGCGGAAUUGAUAUAAAUGGGGGUGGUGGCUGCACUACUAUCGGCGGAGGAGAAGAGACCAGCGGUGGUGGAAGGGGAACUAGCGGCGGCGUAAGCGGCGGAGAGGGCCGGAGAGGAGUGGGUGCCGGAUCAAAUGGGUUGUCCGGAGAGGAGCGAGUGAAAGGCCAUUGGCCACAGCUGCCGAAGAGGCUUCUGGUUUCUGCAAAUGUUGAAGUGAUCAAGAGCAAUGCUAAUAGAAUUACAACCACUAUGUUUGAUUUCAUCUCUCUCUAUCUCUCUCCCUAUCUCUACUUCAUUGUUGUUCUUUAUCUCUCUUUGUUGGUAAAUGGUGCUUCAUUUAUCUCUCUGCUUGCUACUAUUCAGUCAUAUAUAUACAGCUAUUUGGUGUGCAUGAGCACCAUGAUCGUUUGUGGUACAGUUGACUAG